AUGCCUCGAGACCCCCUCAUCGGCCUCGUGGGCAAGCCCAGCGCCGGCAAAUCAAGCACCCUCAACUCCCUCACAGAUGCCUCCUCCAAAGUUGGAAACUUCCCCUUCACAACCAUAGACCCCCAACGCGCAAUAGGCUACCUCCAAAUUGACUGCGCCUGCACCCGCUACAACCUAACCGACAAAUGCAAGCCAAACUACGGCUCCUGCGACAACGGCCGCCGCUCCGUCCCCAUCGAGCUCCUCGACGUAGCCGGUCUCGUCCCCGGCGCGCACGAAGGCAAAGGCCUCGGUAACAAAUUCCUCGACGACCUCCGCCACGCCGACGCCCUCAUCCACGUCGUCGACGCCUCGGGCACCACCGAUGCAGAAGGCAAAGUAACCCGGGGCUACGACCCCUCCGUCGACAUCGCCUGGUUACGAAGCGAGAUUGUAGCCUGGAUCAGGGGGAAUCUCAUGACGAAAUGGGGAAGCAUCAAAAGAAGACACAUCGCCGUCAAGGCGACCGCAGUAGAAACCCUACAGAACCAGUUCUCCGGGUACGGGAGUACGAGCGCUGUGGUGGCAAGAACGUUGGAUAAGUUGGGACUGAAGGAGCCAUUGGAGGAGUGGAGUGAUGAAACCAUCGACCGCGUGGUAAACGCUUUUACAGACGAGAAGUUCCCCACCGUCAUCGCCCUCAACAAAAUCGACCACCCCGAUGCGGACAAGAACAUUGCCAAAAUCGCCAAGCAGCAAGACCCCAACUCGAUCGUGCUCUGCUCGGCCAUUUCGGAGAUUUUUCUCAGGAAGAUGGCCAAGCAAGGCUAUAUCCGCUACACGGAAGGAUCAGAGUUUGUCGACACGAGAGAGGACUUGAUAGCAGAUGGGGAUCCGGACGGUGGUGGGCUUAAAGAGCUCGACGAGAAGAACAGGAACAGGAUAGAGAACCUCAAGGAUAUGGUUCUCUACCGGUUUGGGUCUACGGGCGUGGUGCAUGUCCUGACGAAGGCGGCCGAGAUUCUGGGGCUUGUGCCGGUUUUUCCGGUGAGGAAUAUUGCUACCUUUGGGUCGGGGGGUGUGGGGGAGGGGAUGGGCAGUAAUAAAGGGGUGUUUAGGGAUUGUGUGCUGGUGAAGAAGGGGUCGACGGUGGGGGAUGUGGCGAGGAAGGUGAUGGGGGAUGCGCCGAUUGCGUAUAUUGAGGGGGCUGGGGGUUUGAGGGUUGCGGAGGAUCAGUUGGUGGCGGUUGGGAAGAACGAUAUUUUGUCUUUCAAGGUUGGUAAGUAGAUCGGGUGCAUGGCAUACAGAGCGGAGUAUCAUACAGGGAGGAUAUUGAGACGAGUGGGUGAUAUCUUGACGCUACGGCGACGAUUCCAUGGAACUGUUAGAUGGGGCUGAGAGCGUUGUGAUCUGCGACUAUGGAAUUCAUAUAUUCUACAGGCGUACUACGAGUCCUUGCGGCAGGAUAGGUAUUUCGGGAUGGUGUUGGAAUAUAAAUGUAUAACAGCAGGCAUAGCGAAUUGCCAAUGUCGGUUGCAACCGGUUGAUGCUAGUUAUAGGACUUAUUCACAUUCACCUCUCUU